AUGGUUUCUUUUUGCAGCAUUUCACAAAACGAGCUGAACGAAUUGGCGCGCAAAUUCAAAUAUUACCAUUCGGCUGUUCGACCGUCGGCACCCGAGAAUUUCGUGUCGAAUCAGAAUGGCACAUUCUUCAAUAUUCCCGUUGAAAUGCAUCUCAUGAAUACUCGAAUUAAUAAUAGAGCGCUUUAUUUGGAAUUGAUCAUCUUGAUGACGUGGAUCGACGAACGUCUCGUUCUUCGUGAGUUGAGCGAUCGCUUCACAAUGCCUUCGGAAUACACCGCAUGGCAACCGCAGCUCAUCUUCUCGCCCAAUUUCUCAUCCAAAUAUGUCACACUGGCGCCGACGACCGGAACAAUUUCAAGCUAUCACACGAUCAAACAGAAUAUGGAAUGUACGGCGGACGCGUGGAAAUAUCCAUUCGAGACGUUCACGUGUGUUGUGGCGGUUGCUUCGGAAAGCGAUGAGAUGCUCACAUUGACGAGCUUCACCGAUCUUCGCGGAAUCGCCCAGCAAUUAAUGGUCCGAACCACAAUUGCCGAUUAUCCAUUGUGCCAAAUUGAGCUAACAUUCAAAGCUGAAUGGCCGCGAGCGGUUCUUUCCGCAUUCCUUCCGUCCAUUCUAAUGAUGGCUGCGGUGUUCUUCGCGCAAUGGAAACGACGAAAAAUACAAGUAUUGGUCUCGCUCUCGGCAAUGAUCGGAACACUAAUUAUGCUGUGCUCUCAACGACCAUACACAGCGGCAACUCUGAUGGAUCUCUGGCUAUGCUCGACAUUCAUCCAUUCAAUAUUUCUUGUGCUCAUCGAUCUGACACUUCCAGCUCGUCGAGUACGGUACACAUUGAUGGUGCACGUUGAUGAGAACACGAAAAAAGCGAGUCCGGUGCAAAUAAUGAGCAAAAGUGUCGCCGAGCACACCGGCCCCUUCCGAUUCGUCAAUCACGUCAUCGAUUUUUUAAUGAAGCAGGAGAGCACUCCGAAAACAACAGUUGUCACUGCGAGACCAGGGCCGACGCCAAUUCAGCGCCAAAUCACCACCGCCAUGCUGGGCAAUCGGAAGCGGACCGCGCUUCUCUGCGUUGCUCUUUCCUACUCAAUCUUCCUUAUAUUUUAUGCAAUUAUUUUGUUAGUGAUCGACUAA